AUGCUGUGCCGCGCGCUGCUCCGCCGCGCCGUCACCGCCACAGCCACAGAGCGUCGUUCUCCGCCGCUUCCCCUGCAGCAUCUCUUGGAUGGCUACCAGUGCAGCCGGGAGGAUGACCACCUGUCUUACGGGGAAACGGGGAUGCCGGUCCCUCCUUUCGGCUGCACCUUUUCUACAGCUCCGAAUUGGGAGCAUGUACUGGCAGUUGCAAAUGAAGAGGGAUUUGUUAGACUCUAUGAUACUGAAACUCAAACUAGCAGCAAACUCAUCUUUAAAGAAUGGCAGGCUCACUCAAACGCUGUAUUUGACCUUGCCUGGGUACCAGGAGAACACAGGAUUGUCACUGCUUCAGGAGAUCAGACAGCCAAGGUGUGGGAUGUGAGAGCUGGUGAGCUUCUUGGCAUAUGCAAAGGUCACCAGUGUAGCCUCAAGUCAGUUGCUUUUUCUAGAUUUGAGAAAGCUGUGUUCUGUACUGGAGGCAGAGAUGGAAACAUCAUGGUUUGGGAUACCAGAUGCAACAAGAAAGAUGGAUUUUACAGGCAGGUGAAGCAAAUCAGUGGUGCACACAAUGUGGUUGACAAGCAGACUCCUUCCAAACCUAAGAAGAAGAGGCAGAACUUAAGAGGACUUGCUCCCUUGGUGGAUUUCCAGCAGAGCGUAACUGUGGUGCUGCUUCAGGACGAGCAUACUCUUAUCUCUGCAGGAGCUGUUGAUGGUGUGAUCAAGGUAUGGGACUUGCGCAAGAACUAUACUGCUUAUCGUCAGGACCCGCUGCCCUGCAAGUCUUUUUGCUACCCUGGAACCAGUACUCGCAAACUUGGAUAUUCUAGCCUGGUUUUGGAUUCCACUGGUACUAAUCUGUUUGCUAACUGCACUGAUGACAGUAUCUACAUGUUCAGUAUGGCAAGUUUAAGGACUACUCCAGUGGCUGUUUUCAGUGGGCACCAAAAUUCAACCUUUUACAUCAAAUCCAGCACCAGCCCCGACGACCAGUUCCUGGUCAGUGGUUCGAGUGACUGCAACGCGUACAUCUGGAAGGUUUCUGAGCCCAGUCUUCCUCCACGGAUACUCCUCGGUCACUCUCAAGAAGUUACCUCCAUUGCUUGGUGUCCCUCAGACUACACUAAGAUUGCCACAUGCUCUGAUGACAACACUGUGAGGAUUUGGCGCUUACGACAUCUUCCUGAGGAGGAGAAAUCAGCAUCCAGAAAAAUCAAUUUGGUAGGCUGGGUCACUCAGAAAAAAACAGAAGAACAGCAUGGAGUAGGACAGCCAGCCAGCCCACAGAGUACUCCUGCCAAGGCCUUCACAGUGGGCAGUGCAUGUAUUUCCUCACCACGGCCAGCUGCCUGUGCUCCCAUUUAUUCUGGAGACCUUCCGCUGUCAACAAACACUCCGACGGCUGCUCUCAAAUCCCAGAUGGCCACAGCCUCCACCCCAGCCAAGCAGACUGAAGCCAGCCCAUGUGCUUCUCCCAAAGUGAUCCCUUCCUCCAAAAUGUCCAUUAAACGUUGGAUUACAAGAACUCCGUGCUCUUCUCCUCCAGAAGUGGGGAAAAAGGCUCCUUCUCCUAGAAAAGCCCUGGCAGAAGUUACCCAAGGUCUCCUAGAAGCUGCCUGCCCUCCUAAAGCACCACACACGCAGUUUGAAAAACGUGCCAAGAGAAGGCUUGACUGCAGCAAGGAGGAUGAUGUGGGGCACAAGUGUCUGCAGGCCUGUAGCUGUGUGACUGAACUGGACCAUGCAACUAAGAAAUCCAAGCUGAAUUUAUGUCACUUGAUUCCAGACCAAAAGGCUCGUAAUGAAGACUGUCUUAGCCAGAGUGACUUGGGUAAUGGCCACGAAGGCUCCAGCCACAGCCCGAAAGAGCCUUCCUUUACUGGAAGCCGUAUUAAUCCAUCAGGUGUUCAAACUUCCCAUCAUCUUUUCAGAUCUCCAUGUGGGAAAGACACGGAGGUAGUAGAUAAAGAGAACAGUUCUCCUGAAAGAAAAAAUUGGUUGUCAGCUCUGGGAGAGAAGCUACGGACUGGCAGACCUGGCAGCCAGAGCACAUCAAACAGCUCCCCAUCAUCUUGCAGUCCUGUUGCCAAAGGACAGGAGUCUGUGGCGGUGGCCACUUCACCAAAAACUGCUGUAACCACUUCAGUUUCCAUGAGGAAGAUCUGCACAUACUUCCACAGAAAGCCACAGGAUGAAGGAGCAUGUGGCGGUUGCACCUGAUGGAUGUUGACACUGAGGUACCAAGACCAGAUUUAACAGCACCAGCAACGAUGCACCAGGAUUACACAACUUGUUGUCAGAUAUUCAUAGACUUGAGGUUUUAGUCUUCCUGUUUUUAAAGGUGUUAACAGUUGAAGUCAGCUGAGUGUGUAAAAUCUACACAGUACUUACUCAUGGUCUCUUACUGACUUCAGAUAUGUAUUUUUUUUAUAAAGUGUUUUUUACGUGGUAACUGUUACAGUCCAAAGACAGUAACAGCUCUGCUGCUUAUUGUUGACAGGCACAUAUAGCUUGUCAGUUAAUGUUACUAAUCUGCUGUUGAAACUGCCUGUACUUAAGAACAGUGGUAAAUCAUUACACCCUCCUGAAAGAUAAGUGUUCAAAUGUGUGUAGAGAAACUUACUGCAGGUAGAUCUGAGCCUUUUCAUGUUGAAUGGCAUUUCUAGUUAUUCCUCUAGUACUGCAAUGACUACCUGCUUCCAGCAGGGAAAUUAGGAAUGUGUUAAUUAAAUCUAAAAGACUUUUAAACACCCCAUGUCCUUCUAAUGGUGACUGUAGUCUAAGAAGAGACAAAGUAUAAUCAAGUAUGUAAUGCCUGUACUCACCUUGCUAUAUCCUUUCUUCUCCCCCUCUGGAAACUACUGUAUUUACCUACUUAGCUUUCUCUUGAACCAUCAGCACUACAGCUGUUGAGACCAAUAGUUUGUCUGAAAUAAGAUACUGGCAAGGUGUGUUAGAAAAAUGAUCUUGAUCUAUCCUAAAUAGGCAUCCCGUAACAGCCCAUUGCUCGGUCAGCUCUUACAGAUUCAACCUGUAGCAAAGGCAUUGUAACUGCUUACAACAUAACUUCAUAACAGUUGUAAAAUGCAGUAGUUAUAAAAUAAUGCUUUGGAAAUUGGGGGAGGGGCAAUUGACAUUUUAGAAAGCGCUUGAGAGGGUUUACAUAUUAAUAUUAAAUGUUUUGCCAUUGUAAGUCAUCCCUGAUGCUGAAAUGAGAUCACUGUCCUGCUGGUUAAUGACACUAACUCUUCAGCCAUGCUUUUCCCAAGAGGAGCUAGUAAAAGAUCCUUAGGUUGGAGCAUUUACUCUGUAUUCUGGUGUAAUAGUUCCUAUGAACUUCAAAACAGGCCAAAACCUCAGAAUCCCUAAUAAGUUCUUUUUUACUGCAGGAAAAUUGGGGUAUUUCAAGGUAACGUGAUCCAACUAACUUAUGUUUUCCACCUCAAAUUUUCAUGCCUACUUUACAGUAACAUUAAAUAGUGUAGUAGCUGAAAGCAAUCAGGAGAUAUGCUGGUUUGUAUUAUAUGUGGUAGAUUGUAUUUUGAAAGGAAAUAAAUGACU